CGGCGCGCAUAAAAAUCCGCGACACAUUUUGUCAGCAGCCACCGAGCAUGGGUCCCUUUGGUAAUAGAAUAGCCAAUGUAAUUUGACACUUCAACUUACUGCGCUCUCUCCGAGUCUAUUCAGUUACUCACCCACUGACGCUGAGCCCAUUCUCAGUGGCCGUGAGGAGGGAAGAUAUUUAAAAACAAGACGCCGAAUAUUUUGUACCGAGGACUUUCUCCGCUUCAUAACCCGGGGCAGAAGACGUGAGGUGCUGGAGUGUUUCUCCUCCUGGUGUGUGAAUGGGUGGGGGGGUCCUCAGAGGCGACGAAUCAAGGAUUGAAAACAACACAGAACUCUCCAGUUUAAUGGCUGGCAGGUAGAGGCCAAAGGGGGACAAUCAACAUGAACUCGAUUCCGUCGAUGGACAGACACAUACAGCAGACCAAUGACCGUCUGCAGUGUAUCAAACAGCACUUACAAAAUCCAGCAAAUUUCCAAACAGCAGCGACCGAGCUGCUGGACUGGUGCGGCGACCCCCGAGCCUUCCAGCGCCCCUUCGAGCAAAGCCUGAUGGGAUGCCUGACGGUGGUCAGCCGCGUAGCAGCGCAGCAGGGCUUCGACUUGGACCUGGGCUACCGGCUCCUGGCCGUAUGCGCUGCCAACAGGGACAAGUUCACUCCAAAAUCAGCAGAAACCAACUGCUGCAGGAGGUGUCAGUCUGACUCAGCCCUUCUGUCCUCGUGGUGCGAGGAGCUGGGACGCCUCCUCCUUCUCCGUCACCAGAAGAACAGGCAGAACGAGCCUCCGGGAAAAGUGCCCAUGCAGCCUCCCAUGAGUUCCAUGAAGCCCAGCCUCUCACACGGAGAUGGGUCUUUUCCCUACGACUCGGUUCCCUGGCAACAAAACACCAAUCAGCCUCCAGGUUCAGUGUCUGUGGUGACCACCGUCUGGGGCGUGACCAACACUUCACAGAGCCAGGUGUUGGGGAAUCCCAUGGCCAACAACAGCAAUCCCAUGAACCCUGGGGGUAACCCCAUGGGCUCCGGUAUGUCUGGUAACAAUCCAGGUAUGAACUCUCCUCAGUUCCCUGGUCCACAGCAGCAGUUCCCCAACAAAGGCAACUCCAACCAGGGCUACAUGCAGCAGGGCAUGUAUGGACGACCCAACUACCCUGGAGGAGGUGGUUUUGGUGGCAAUUACCCUGGAGGGCCAAAUGCUGGACCUGGUGGAAUGGGCAUCCCUCCACACUCCCGUCCUCCAUCGGACUUCACUCAACCUGCCGCUGCUGCCGCCGCCGCUGCAGUCGCUGCUGCUGCUGCCACGGCAACUGCCACCGCCACGGCAACUGUAGCUGCCCUGCAGGAAACCCAGAACAAGGACAUGAACCAAUACGGGCCGAUGAGUUCCUCUUUCCAGAUGGGACCAAACCAGGCGUACAACAGCCAGUUCAUGAACCAGCCAGGACCCCGCGGCCCUCCAUCCCUCCCUGGAAACAUGGGCACAGGCAUGAAUGCGUCCAACAUGAGCGGACCCCCGAUGGGAAUGAACCAGCCCAGGGGCCAAGGCAUGGGUCCUUUCGGUGCCCACGGCCAAAGGAUGCCCCAGCAAGGCUAUGCGGGGCCCCGGCCUCAGGGCAUGGGUAUGCAGGGCAUGAAAAGACCAUACCCUGGGGAGCCAAACUAUGGUGGGCAGCAGUAUGGACCAAACAACCAGUUCCCCAACCAGCAGGGGCAGUACCCCACGCCCAACGCCUCCAGGCCGCUGCCAUCCCCAAACUACCCCGGCCAGAGGAUGCCAGGACAGCAGCUGCAGGGCCAGUAUCCACCGCCCAGUGGCGCCAUGGGCCAGUACUAUAAGCAAGAGCCACCUUUCAAUGGCCAAACAAACAACUUCUCUGGGAGUGGAUAUCAGUACAGCCAGGGGAAUAUGAAUGGGCCUCCCAGGCCAGUGGGUAACUACCCACACUCCCCAGUACCAGGCAACCCCACCCCUCCAAUGACCCCCGGCAGUAACAUCCCUCCAUACCUGUCGCCAAACCAGGAUGUGAAGCCGCCAUUCCCUCCUGACAUCAAACCAAAUAUCACUGCUCUCCCUCCACCUCCAGCCAACCACAACGAGGAGCUGCGCCUGACGUUCCCAGUGCGAGAUGGAGUCGUUCUGGAGCCCUUCAGGCUGGAGCAUAACCUGGCUGUCAGCAACCAUGUCUUCCACUUACGGCCCUCAGUACACCAGACACUGAUGUGGAGAUCGGACCUGGAGCUGCAGUUUAAGUGUUACCACCACGAAGACCGUCAGAUGAACACCAACUGGCCGGCAUCGGUCCAAGUCAGCGUCAACGCUACGCCGCUCACCAUCGAGCGGGGCGAUAAUAAGACCUCCCACAAACCCCUGCACUUGAAACAUGUAUGCCAGCCAGGAAGGAACACGAUCCAGAUCACAGUCACUGCCUGCUGCUGUUCGCACUUGUUCGUGCUGCAGCUGGUCCACAGGCCGUCGGUCCGCUCUGUCCUCCAGGGUUUGCUAAAGAAGAGGCUUCUGCCUGCAGAGCACUGCAUCACCAAAGUCAAGAGGAACUUCAGCAGUGUAGCGGCGUCAUCGGGCAACGCCACGCUCAAUGGAGAGGACGGCGUGGAGCAGACGGCCAUCAAGGUUUCCCUCAAAUGUCCAAUCACCUUCCGGCGAAUACAGCUUCCAGCGAGAGGACACGACUGUAAACAUGUUCAGUGUUUUGAUUUGGAAUCUUAUUUACAACUGAAUUGUGAGCGGGGGACAUGGCGAUGUCCUGUAUGCAAUAAAACAGCAUUACUAGAAGGACUGGAAGUGGACCAGUACAUGUGGGGAAUCCUGAACGCCAUUCAAAACUCGGAGUUUGAGGAGGUGACGAUUGACCCGACAUGUAGCUGGCGACCGGUGGCUAUUAAAUCUGAUAUCCAUAUCAAGGAGGAUCCAGAUGGACCACUGGCCAAGAGGUUUAAGACGAUGAGUCCCAGUCAGAUGAUCAUGCCCAACGUGAUGGAGAUGAUAGCUCAGCUCGGCCCUGGACCGUCACCAUACCCAUCAUUACCUUCUGGGCAAGGGGGCAACAACACCGAAUACGGUAACCAAGGGAACAGUUACCAGGGGCACGGGAACUUUGACUUCCCUCACGGCACCCCUGGUGGUACGUCGAUGAAUGAUUUCAUGCACGGUCCUCAGCUGUCUCACCCACCUGACAUGCCCAACAGCCUGAUGGCACAAGACAAGCCACUGUCCCACAACAUGCCUGACUCAAUACCUCAUUCUGCCGGCAAUGACCAGUCACACGGUCCGUUGCAGCAGAGUUUACAUGCGCCUCCACACCCUGGGAGCCAAUCAGGGCAGCAGCUACACCACAGCGGGCCUCCUCAGCCCUCACGACAAGCUCCACCUCCUCAGCAGCAGCAGCAACAGCAGCAGCAGCAGCAGCAGCAGCAGCAGCAGCAGCAGCAGCAGCAGCAGCAGCCAGGCCCCAACAACCAUCCACACAGCGACCUGACCUUCAACCCCUCCAGCAGUCUGGACAGCCAAGCAGGGUCAGACAUGCCCGAGCCAUCAUUAGAUCUUCUCCCAGAGCUCGCUAACCCAGAUGAACUGUUGUCGUACCUGGACCCCCCAGACCUCCCCAGCAAUAGCAACGAUGACCUACUAUCGCUCUUCGAGAACAACUGAGGCAGUUCAGACACAUAAACUUUUCUGACUGCCUGCAGUUUCCCUGAGAACCCGCAACAGUCGCUCAGUACUUGAUAAACACAAAGAUGCACUCCCUUUCUCUUCUUCCUCUUGUACAAUUUUCAUUCGCCAGCGCAGAUUGACUGAAAUAGGUUAAAACCCGAAGACACGGCGGGAUGUGGGGGGAUGUGGCCCCGCCCUCUCACCCCCGCGGUGAUACCUUUGAACUGUGCAGCUAUACCCAGUUGAUUUUUUUACGCCACACGUGUACGUGUGCUCAUUAGGAAAAUGUUGUAGCAUUUUUUAUUCAUGUUUUGUUUCCUUUUGAGAAGAAAAAAAAAGGAAUUCACUGUAUAAAAACAGAAAAAUAACUGAAAAAAACCUGCGCUAUCUGGCCAGUGUGUUAUUGUUAUUCCAAUGUAAGAGGCCACAGCUUCCUGGUGUCACAGCUCCAUUCCCUGACUGGUCCGGUUGGUCGCACUGUUUUGUCCACCACACAUCAUUUAAAAGCACAAGAGAUUCUGGCAAUGCAAAAACGAAAAAAAUCAGUCUUUACACAAGAAAAAAAACAUCAGUUAAGUCACUGUAUGUCUGUCUUUGACAGUGUUUUUUUAAAGGAAAAUUUUAAAAAGUUUUUGAGAAUGAUCGGCUUCUACUUUGUCUACAGCUGUGCUAUAUACAUAUUUUUGUCAAAGGUUCUCUCCUAAACGGAUUUCGGCCCGACAACAACAACAAAAAUUUCUAUUGCACACCAAGAAUAGCAUAUCUGUUCUUCAGCAUAUUGUAUAGUUAUCGACCUCCAGCACAAAGGAGCGGUUUUAACGGAAAUGAAAGGUACAAUAUGAGAGAUUGGGGUUCCUGUGAUGAUCCUGCUGUGUUUUAUUGCUUUUCUGCUCCUUCCAUGCCAUCUGCUCUGCAUGAGCCCCGGUGUCGCUGGUAUCAGCAUUUUUGCAAACUUGCAUCUCUCUCCCUGUUAAAUGAUGUGCUGUUUAGUAGUCUACAAAGUGCAUGUGUGCCAAGCCCUUGUCUAGUGCUGUUCCAAGUGGUGAAAAAAGAAAAGAUAGUGUGGUUUUUAUCAGUUGCUGUUUCCACAGAUCUUUCCUUUGUACGUUUGUUUGUUGUUUUUUUUUAUUUCUGUCAGAUUUAGUAUGAUUUUAUUUAACACUAACAUUGAAGGGAUAAUGCUGAUAUCGGCAGUACAUUUAUCAUGUAUUUGCUGGAUAUACCGUGUUAUGUUUAUGAUCUUUUAUUUUCUUGUUUUAUUGUUGCUGCAUAAUUAAAACUAUCCAUAAAUCUUUUGGGAAACUGCUCAACAUCACCAAAGUUAGAGGGAUGAGAAUGAAAAAUGUUUGUGUUGGCCUGUAUACGACUGCGAGUGUGUGCUUGUUGAGUGUGUGACUGUGUGUGUGUGUGUGUGUGUGUGUGUGUGUGUGUGUGUGUGUGUGUGUGUGUGUGUGUGUGUGUGUGUGUGUGUGUGUGUGUGUGUGUGUGUGUUUCUAUCGGUGUGAUGGGAGGUAAUAUUGGUUUUAAAGAUAUAGAGGAGGACAGUUUAUCCAUCACUGCUGUUCAAGAAGUGGUUUUCGAAGCAGUAUUGGUGCAGACUUUUUUGCCACAUUUGUUUUCAAUUACACUUUUUGAGAAGAGUGCUGUUCAGUAUGCAAAUGUAUUAUUUUUUAAGAAAUGCUAUUGUACUGUAAAUACCAUUGUGAAUAUUUUUGUAUCAUCUUGAUAAUGUUUGUUCUCUGAUCAUUAGUCGUCCAACCUAACCACAUACGCUCCCAGACUCCCAUCUGACCACUGACUUUAUUUGUAACCAGCAUACAACAGCUGUCUCGCCGCCUCCUUGUGGGGGGAAACCAGUCCAAAACGUUUCAUAAGCUAUUCCCUGCAGGUCAUCGUAUUUUGUAGUCACUUUUUCCUGGGUGUUUUCACACCUGACGUCCCAUUUUUUUCAUGGUUCCCUUCCUUGCAAGGUGAUUGUGUAGCACCAUUUCAGUUUAAAGCAAUACUUUCUUUCGCGCUGAUUGAAAAUGAUCAAUGUUUGACUCGUGCAUUUCUGUUAACAUUUUAUCAGUGACGCUGAACAGUAAUGUCUUUUUUUGUUUUUAAAGAAAUGUGGUAUCAGCUGGCUUUCAGUGUAAUUAGUGAGCUAUGUGAAUAUCAUAAUUGUUGCUAAUUGUCGAUACAUGGUGGUAUUUUAAAGAUAUAUCACAACCAUAUUUUAAAGAAAUUCACAAUAUUGUUUAUAUUUUUGUUAUAGAAAAUGUGGCUUUUUGAAAAAAGCACGAGACCAUAUACAUUUUUAUCCCCUUUUGUUGUUUUGGUAAAUUAUUUUGUACUGGUUUUUCUUAUUAAUCUGUAAGGCUAGAAAUCCAAUUUCUUUCGAUUGUAGCAUUGUGCUGAAUUAACCACCCUGAUUUUUAUGUCAACAUUUUAAACGUCAUUUAAGGAAUAUUAUUUUUUCCUGUUCAGAACACUGACAUGUUUCAUAUUUGAAGAGACAUCAAAUCAAAAAAAGAAACAUCCAUCUUUUCAAUCUACUGCCACCUUUUCAUUCUUUGCUUUUCUGAAUUGAAACUUUCAAACAAUCCCAUGGAAGUCGUUAUCAUUUCAUAUUUUGUUCUUGCUUUUCAAGUGAGCCAAUUUAGUGUUUAAGGCAGCACCCCGAAUCUGUAGUUGCACAAUCACAAUAAAGGGCCAUUUCUCUGGGGGAUGUUGUUUUAAAAAAUGGUAAAUAAUGAUUUUAAAAAGAAAAAAAAAGACAGAGAGGAAGGGCACGUUCAUCAGUCUGGCCUGGAAAGGAUGCUGAGGGUAACAUUAGGUCAAACGUCCUGAGGAUGCCUGUACAUAUGUAAAUUAAUAUAGAGACAUGUGAACAGAAAUGUAUUCAUUUUCCCUGGGAAUGUGCAUUGUUUCUUCAGAAUAAUAAAAAGCUUGCAACCCCUCUACUGGAAGUGGCUGAAUAUGGAAAAAUGAAACUUGUUAGUUAGUGUCUGUGGGUAUCUCUCAGCAUUUCGUUCCCCCUCUGUAAUAUACUUUCACCUCUUUUGUUAGGGGAACUGGGACAGCUAUGUUUUACAUGUAAUAUUUAGCCUAAGUGUUCUAGUCUGUCACCUGCAUACUCUGAGGUGCUAAAGCUAAAAAAAAAAAAAAAAACCACAAAAAAAACAAGGUUACAAAGAAAAUUGCUCGGAGGGGAGAGAGGAAGGGCAGUGGGAGGGACGGGUCCUUGAAGAUUGUAACCAAAUCCAUAGUUUGUACAAUUUUUGAUAUCAUGAACAGUUGGAAAAAUGAUACAAUCUAAGGUGAUUCAUGCAAAUGUGGCCAUUGUCUCUAUGUUUGUACAUUGUAUGUACAAUCAUUUCAUAUUCUAAACUGGUCAGAAAAUAAAGGAACUAAUUGUGAUUUUUAGUCUUGCAGAACUGUAUGUAGUUAGAUGAUGUGACAACCUAAUAUUUAUCUAAUAAAUAUGUAUUCAGAUGAUACCUGUA